CUUCCUGUCUAGCCCAGGUGGGUUUUGUUGCUUGUUUAGGGGCUGUCUCCUUUGGUUGGUAAGCAAGUAGAGUGAUGGAUAUUAGAGACGAGAGUUCUGUGUAUCCAGCAGAGUUGAGCUCUGUUCUCGACCCCCCUGCAUGCAGUACUAUCAUUGACGCUCUAGAUUCUGACUCCGUAUUGUUGAGCGAUCCGGCUUCUCACCCACUGAAAGUGUACCUGAGAGUGCGGCCCUUUUCAAAAGCAGAGCUUGCAAGCAAUGAAGCACAGGGUUGUGUGACUAUUGAGAAUGGGGAGUUGGUAUCUUUGCGGGCGCCUAAAGAUUCUUCUACAAUGAAAAACUGUGAAAGGGGAAUCGGGCAGUCUGUGCACAAGUUCACAUUUACUAGGAUUUUUGGCCAUGAAACAUCACAAGCAGAGUUUUUUGAGGGCACAAUGAAAGAGGUGGUGAAUUCCUUUUCUGAUGGACAGAAUGGACUUGUCUUCACGUACGGAGUGACCAACGCUGGCAAAACUUUUACCAUUCAAGGUACCCCAAAAGAUGGGGGUAUCUUACCCCGGUCACUGGAUGUGAUUUUCAGUCAUAUGAAAGGGAGGCAGUACCGCAGGAUGAAUUUGAAGCCCUAUCUUAGCAACGAUAUCAUGAAACUAGAGGCGGCGCAGGUUAAACAGGAGGAAUCCAUGAAAGCCUCACUCCUUUCUUCAUUAAAAGAGGAUGGCAUGAAAAGUGUCCCAAGCUCAAGUAACCUGAAGCAAAGUAUGUCCACGUCUUGUGAAAGCAUCUCAAAUGAUGGGUCAGUCUGUGGAUCUCUUGAAUGUGAGGAUGGAGAUGCUGUUCAGUUCUCUGCUUGGGUGGCUUUCUUUGAAAUCUACAAUGAGUAUGUCUAUGACUUGCUGGACCAGUUUCCUUCAUCAAAGAACCAAAAGCGACCAGCCUUAAAAAUCUGUGAUGACCAAUCAGGCAAUUCUUAUGUAAAAGAUUUAAAGUGGAUAAAUAUUGCUAGUACUGAAGAAGCCUGCAAAAUAUUACAGUUUGGCAACAAGAACCGAAGUCUGGCAUCAACUCGCAUGAACCAACAGUCUAGCAGGAGCCACAGCAUAUUUACAGUCAGGCUUCUGAAACUUACUGCCGAUGAUGAUCCGCGAGUCCUCACAGUGUCGGAAAUGUCCCUGUGUGAUCUGGCCGGAUCUGAGCGGUGCAAUAAAACUCAAACAGUUGGCGACAGACUGAAAGAAGCUGGAAACAUCAAUAAUUCUCUUCUCAUCCUUGGCAAGUGUAUCGGGGCCCUGAAGCAAAGUCAGAAUCCCAAAAAGGCCAGCUAUGUCCCAUUCAGGGAAAGCAAGCUGACUAGGCUAUUCCAGCCCUUCUUCUGUGGCAAGGGCAAGGCGUGCAUGAUUGUGAACAUAAACCAGUGUGCUUCAACAUAUGAUGAGACCCUGCAUGUCAUGAAGUUUUCAGCUGUAGCGAAACAAGUGGUUCAGUCAAUUCAACCCAGAAACUUUGAAUUUAUGGGCCCAAGGAUGGUUGGAAAAGAUGGAAAGGUAAUCACAGAGAUUGAUCCAAAUAUUUCUGUUGAGGAACUUCUUUCUGAUGAUGAGGACGAGGAGCUGGAUGUCACCAUGAAUCCAGAGGAUCUGCUGAAAAAGAUAGAAGAAGUCAGAGAGAAACUUCUUGCUGAACGGCAGAGCAAACUAGUUCUUGAACUGCAGAUCCGAAAAGAGAUGGGUGAAGCGAUGUAUCAGCAGAUGGUUGAUCUUGAUGAAACAUGGAGUAAACGCUUUGAGGAUCUGAAGGAAACUCACGAGGAACAGCUUGAAAGCAGACUUGAAAUGUACAAGAAGGCAAUAAAGAAUCAUGCCUAUCGGCAGGCAAUGGAUGAGCUUGAAGAGAAUUAUGUCCCACUGGACGAAUUCCAAGCUGAACAAGAGAAAGUUGAGGAAAAGGAGCAGAGAAUACAAGAGUUAGAGAUUGCUCUUGGCCUCAGGAACCCAUCAGGGGAAGAGGAAACAAGCCAAGGUGCUUUAGAAGCAUUAACAAAGCGAUGCCAAGACAAGGAGAAGGUUAUUGCCACUCUGAAGGCUCAGGUUCAGGGUAUAAAAGAAGAAGCCUCUUUAACUGCGAUGAAACUAAACGAAGAAAACCAAUUCCUUAAGCAGCACCUGAAAAUAAAGGAGCAGGAAGUGAAAGGUCUCCAGAGCCUGGCCGAACGCGCCAUUCAACUUGAGGCUUCGGUAACGGAACUGCAGGCUGAAGUGGACCAAAGCCGCAAACUCUUGUCCUCUGUGGAAGUCUGUGAACCAAAACCAAAAAAAGGCUUGUUCUCUAAUAUUAGAAACACUAUGGGUGGCACACCUAAGAGAAUGGCCAGUAAGACUCAGGAGAAACCUGAGGAAGUCUCUGCCACUUCUAGAAAACGACCACUUCUCUCUCGCAAAUGAGGAACCUAAAAAUGAUGUUUUAAAUAUUUGUGUAUAUAUACGUAUUUAUUCUCUGUGGAAGUAAAUAAAACCAGACUUUACAUAUUU